GGGAGCAGCUCUUCUCCCACGGACAGCAUCACCAUUUUGAAUUUCCAUUUGUUAUAUCUCGCAAUACAAUAUUCGUAAAGGAUAUAGCCAAAAUUGUGACUGUACACAACUCAGAUUAGCAAUGUCGGAGCAAACAGCUUUCUGGGAUCACUUUUGGCUGGCCAAGUUGUUUUUGCAGUUUGCGGGCGUUCUUCCCAUCGGUGGAUCAUCUGCUUUGUGGAAGUCAAUACUGACCGAAUUUUUAGCCACCUUACCACUGUGGGCCAGCUUCUAUCUGCUCAUCCCAGAAGUACAAUACAUAUGUUGUCAAAACCCCAGCGUUGAUGGUAUGCUUGAAGCUUUGGUAAUUAUAUCCGCCGUUUUGACAGGACAAUUCAGAGCAGUUUUCGUUAUGGUAUAUCGUCAUAGGAUCAUGCGUUUGUUUUUAAUCUGUGAGACGAUGUGGGAGGAAGCCGAUCUCGCAGAACGUAAAAUGAUUUUGCCUUGGGUCCAGCUAGGUAAAAUCGUUAGUACGGUUUUCUUUUUUGGUGCUAAUUGUGUGGUUGCCAUGCACAUUGUGAAUACGAUAGUAAAGCAGCUCUCGGCUCCUGUUAAUUCGACCACAAAAUAUUAUCCGUUCAUCCAUGAAGAGGAUUCUACUCCUAGUCCGCAGUAUGAAAUCAAGUAUACGCUUCAAAUUAUCAUCACUUACAUCGGAGUUUCAUACAUUGCUGCUUGUGAUAUGACUGGGACUAUAUUGAGUUUCAACAUUUGUGGACAUUUCGGUGUCGUUCGCAGUUGGCUUUCGGAGCUGUCGAAAGAAAAUUUUGAUGAAGCGGAUGGCAAUACGAAUUACAGCUUUUGCGAGGGGUUGAAGAAAUGCAUCCGUCGUCAUCAAAUCGUAUUGGAGCUCUGCGCUGAGCUGGAAGAUGUGAAUCAAUUCAAUUAUCUGAUACAACUCGUCACUGAGAUGUACAUCAUGGCCAUUUCAGCAGCGGAAUUUACAAAGUUACAGAAUUUCGGGUCGUUGCAGCACCUUAUAACAUUUAUACUGGUAAUCAAUGGACUUUUCUUUUCUUGUUGGCCAGCGGACACUCUCUCAGUCGAAAGCAGUAAAGUCGCUCAGGCUGUUUACGAGGUUCCAUGGGAUCAAGGAUCACGUUCCGAGGGAGUUAUGGUGGCAGUUAUGCUGGCAAGAUCACAACGGCCAGCAAUAUUGAGCGCCGGAAAAUUUGUCGGGUUAUCCAUGGAAACUUUUUCAUCUAUAACGUCCAGUGGUAUAUCUUUGUGCAUGCUUUUAAGCAGUUUCUGAACUGUUUCUCGAGCGUCCAUUUCGCAUUAAACAUUAGAGUAUUGUAUCUUUAAUCGUGCUGACGUUACGUCAUAAUAAAGAUUUAGGAGUAUCAAAGGUAUUCGAAAUGUCUGGGC